AUGUCGCUAGAACAAGUGUCAGGUGGAGGCACCGAGGGUGACUUUCAGCACCCAAACGAGAACUUACGUCGGUCGACCAUCAUUGCACUUUAUUUUGCCUUUAUUAUGUCCACGGUUGCCGUGGCCCUACGCCUUCUCGCGAGAAAGAUCACUGGGUCAAGCUUUGGUAUAGCCGUCGCUUGUAUCCUUUCCGAAAUUCACGCUAACUGGUCACUAAAAUUAAGCUUUUCAAAUAUGGCUGUUCGAUCGGUGUCACAAUCCAUCGGAUGGUCCAACUCCUUCGUUUACACACUCUGCGUCAUGUUCAUUAAAUUGUCUAUCCUGGCGGUCUAUAAGCGACUAUUCGCUGCUAGGAGCAUGAAAAUUGCUGCCAACAUUGUUGCCGUGAUUGUCGUCCUCUGGGCCGUGAGCAUCAGCAUUGGCGGUGUUCUGAACUGUGUUCCGGUUCAGAAAUUCUGGGAUCGCGCGGUCCCGGGACACUGCGUCAAUACUGUGGCCUACUACUACGGCCAGCAGAUUCCCAACAUCCUCACAGAUGUGGUUCUGCUCAUCAUGCCGCUGAAAAGCGUCUGGGAACUACCCAUUUCCAAGACUCAACGGUUGUUGCUGUCGGGGGUGUUUCUGGUCGGAAUACUGACCCUGAUUUUCGACAUCUUGCGCCUGGUCGCGAUGAUUGAGCUGACGCAAGCCGGUCCAGAUAUUACCUACAACCAAGUCCCAGUCGUCGUGUGGACAUGCAUGGAGGCAGCAGUGGGAAUCACAGCGGCAUGCAUGUCUCAUAUCCGACCUCUUUUCAACCUCAAGCUCUGGUCUCGAAUUCGCUACUCCGGCCAGGAACCUGGAAAGGGAUCGACCAACUCGUCCGAAGAGGGUUUCUCUUCUUCCGACCGAACCCUCUUUGAUCCAUGCGGAACCCAGACUACCAUCUCCGCUGGCCACGAAGUGCACGCUGAGCAUGAGAAGCCAUGA